GACUUUUCUGAUUUGGUCCCGGCUUCUCCUCCUUCCCCCUCGGAUCGGCGGCAGUUCCCGUGCCCUCACAGUCACAGGGGACGCGGCUCGCCUUUCCUUCCCCGCCAAUCCAUCCGCUCUUCUCAGCGGCGAGAAGAAGAGAUGGGGAGCAACGCCGCCGGCAAGCCUCCUCCUCCUCCUGCUGCUGCUGUGUCGUGGGAGUUCCACGCGACGGGGCCUCGCAACUUGACCAGCCCCGGCUGGAGGGACCUCAUCCGCUCCAGCUGGAGAGAUCCAAGCUACAGAAGGAUCGCAGUGUCGUGCUUCGUGCAGGCCGCGUAUCUGCUGGAGCUGGACAGGCAGGAGGGCAGAGCCGGUGAAGCCGCGCUCGCUCCCAACUGGUGGAAGCCCUUCAAGUACAAGCUGGUGCGCCCGCUCAUCGACUCCAGAGACGGGUCCAUCUACGGGGCGCUUCUAGAAUGGGACCAGCUCGCCGCCCUCGCUGACCUGAUAGUGGCCAAGCCUCAGGGCGCUCCCAAGGUGGUCCUCGCGCUCAGGGGCACCAUGCUGAGGCAGCUGACCGUGGUGAGGGACCUGGAAGACGACCUUCGGCUGUUUGCCCUGGAGAGCCUGAGGGGGUCCGUCAGGUUCACAGGCGCGCUGGAGGUGCUCAAGUCGGCGAUCCACAGGCACGGCAGCGCCAACGUGUGCGUUGCCGGCCACUCCCUGGGCGCCGGCUUUGCGCUGCAGGUCGGCAGGGCCUUGGCCAAGGAUGGAACCUUCGUGGAGUGCCAUCUGUUCAACCCACCGUCGGUGUCACUCGGCACGGGCCUCAGGAAAAUCCAGGAGAAGGCCAGCAGUGUCCUCAAGCGGUAUAUCAGUAGAAGCGGCGGCGGUGGCAGCAGCUCCUCGUCAAAUGUUUCCCCAGGACCAGGAGAGGAGCUACAAGCCGCCGCCGCUCGAGAUGGAGUUGGAGAAGAAGUGAUGAGCAGGGAGGUCAAAAGAUGGGUGCCAAACCUGUACGUGAACAGCUGCGACUACAUCUGCUGCUUCUACGCUGACCGUAGCGGCGUCGCUACCGUCACCGAGGAGAAGCGUUCCGGAAUGCAUUCCAAGCUGUACGUGAUCGCCAAAGGACCGAGCAAGUUCCUGGAGGCUCACGGGCUGCAGCAGUGGUGGUCCGAUGAUUCUGAGCUCCACUUGGCCGUGCACGACAGCAAACUCAUGUAUAGGCACCUUAAGUCCCUCUAUGUCGAACAGUAGUAGAGAAGGCAUUAGUACUUGUUUCUCAGAAUGCCUAGUUCUUCUUCUCUAGUACAGCCAGACAAGAAAACAUGUAAACCGUCAGCUGAUUAAGAGCUCCAACUCUUGCAACUCGUCU